AUGCGUUCUCUCGUGAGCGGAAGCAAUCUUUUGUCCAUACUCACCUUGAUACUCAUUGGGAUUUGCUAUGGUAUUCCGGUUUUGAAAUCGGCACCGGGCAUAGAAAUUCUUCCGGCAGCGUUUUCUAAUGGAAAUGGACCAAAUUACAUCGUAGUGGAUGAUGGUAACGGACCAUCGUUACCCGGACCAGUGACAGCAGAACGAUCGCAAUUUCUAGUUGAAAUUACGACACAGCAACCAAUUGGAAAUCAACCAGCACCCCAACAAAUCCAGCCUCAGCAACCACUACAGAUCCGGUACCAACUACCUCAGCCACUGCACCAACAAGUUCAGUAUGAACAACUACAGCCUCAGCCAAUUCAGUAUCAACAACCGCAGCCAGUGGUUUAUCAACAGCCUCGACAACUUCAGUACCAACGAACAACAUAUCAGCCACAACCGACGGCCUACUAUUCGCAGCAACCUGUGCAGUACGUACAACCUGUGUAUGCGUACUCACCUUACAAUAAUCAGCCAGUCCGCGCAGUUAGCACCCGACCGGAUGCGCAAUCUUCAACACCCGGAUUUUUCGACACAAUCGCUCGUGUAUUCGGACUUAACUCUGGCAGUAGCUCAAGAAGCACGGGGCCUUCUAGGACCUCUUCGUCUGCAUUGGGAUUCUUGGGCAGUGCUUUAGGGUGA